AAAUGGCCACAUAAAUAUAAAUGCUUUCGAUCGUAUGGCUGCCAUCGUCGGGGCUUUUACCAAACACAUGCAAUCGGUUAAAACAACAGAUGCUCCACAAACCACCGCAACCAAUGGCAGUAGCAGUACCGGCAACAACAACAGGGUAUCUUGUGCUACCAUUGCGCCACAGGUAACAUCUGCAAUGGUCUCCGCCAGCGCCAACAACACAGCCUCCACAUCCACCGCAUCCGCCUGUACAGCAUCAUCGUCGUCCUCGUCAUCGUCGACACCGGCAACAGGAGGUGAAUAUGAGAUGUUUUGUCGCCAUAUGCAGAAAAUUACGCGACUUAGUGAAAAUGAUUUGUUGACCGACCCCUCCUCACCUCCCUGCAGUAUGAAAAUAUCAAUUACCCCCCACACUUCCAUUCUGGACAGAUUGUCGAAUAUUUUGAAUGGACAAGAAUAAUUGGCCCUUUGUGUUGCAGUCGUGUUGACCCAAUUUGAAACGUUCGAUUGAUGCCGACUAUUUAAAUUUUUUUCUGAAAUAUUUUUGUACAGCUUGGCCAUAGAUAAUAU